AUGAAGACUGGGUUCAUCGCCCUCCCGGCCGUUCUUGCGCCUUUGGUAGCAGCUCAAGCGGCCUCCAUAGCGGCGGGACAGACAGCGCAUGUACGGUCCGAGAUCAAUUCCACUCUUUGCAUGGGCACCGUCGACGCAGCAGCAUCGAGUGCAUCACUCUCGCUAUCUACCUGUGGCGACGGCAAUCCGACGGAUCUCACCGCUCUCACUGUGACAAAGGGUAGCGGCGCGAGCUCACAGCUCUUGUUGUCGGGAUCAAGCCAGCUGUGCGUUACAAGUCAGAACGCCAGUCCCUCCUCGGAUGUCACUGUAGUCGCCUGCGCGGACGAUUCUUCACAGCUCUGGACCAUCAACUCGAAUGGGACCGUGUCAAGUAGCGGGAAUUGCUUGACAGUAGGAAAGGCCGCACUGGGUGCACCCGUUACCUUCACUGGGUGCAGCACAUCCUUGGAGCGGCAACAGGUCUUCAAUGUCACUGCCGCCGACGGCUCGUCGUCUUCCGCUUCAUUUUCUUCUUCGUCAUCUUCCUUCACUACUACCAGUACUUCGCCAACAGCCACGGCUCCCUUUGCUUCGGCAACCUCUUCAAGCGGUGCCGAAGCGCUUGUCAGUCGGCAUCAUGACCUCGCGGCCGCCAUCCUCACAUUGUUGUCCUUGCACAGACUCUGGUAG